AUAUAUAUAUAAAAGAAAAGGCCACAAAUUCCCAACACACACUUCCAUUUUCAACGAGCAAUGCAGUCGCCGGAAAACUUCUGAUUCCGGCAACCACCACACUCUGCCACCUUUCUUCUUCUUCUUCUCUCUUCCACUUUCCACCAAUGGCCGCUGUUACUUCUUCUUUCUCUCUCUCUACUCUUUCACAGUGCUCGCAGAGGAAGAACCUUUCCUUCUCUUCUUCUACUCGUUUUUUGGGAACCAAUUCCGAUUCUUUCCGAUUGGGACCGAAUUUCUCGCUACUAUAUGUUGCCGUUCGAGCUUCCGAUUCCGCUUCCAGAGUGGUUGUUCGGUGUUCCUCUUCCCUCUCAGAUAUUCCAACUGUUUCGGAGACAAAGUUAGGUUUCCUUAAAGCCUAUAAACGACCAAUCCCUAGUAUCUACAACAGUGUGUUGCAGGAGCUGAUUGUCCAGCAUCAUUUGAUGAGAUACAAGAGAUCAUACCAGUAUGACCCUGUAUUUGCUCUUGGCUUUGUCACUGUAUAUGAUCAACUCAUGGAAGGGUAUCCUAGUGAUGAGGAUCGGGAUGCUAUCUUCCAGGCAUACAUUAAUGCAUUGAAGGAAGAUCCAGAACAAUACAGAGCAGAUGCACAGAAGUUGGAAGAAUGGGCACGGGCUCAAAACUCAACCUCCCUGAUUGAGUUUUCAUCCAGAGAAGGAGAAGUUGAGGGAAUAUUAAAGGAUAUUGCAGAAAGAGCUGGUGCAAAGGGGAAUUUUAGCUAUAGUCGCUUCUUUGCAAUUGGCCUCUUUCGCCUUCUUGAAUUGGCAAAUGCAAUGGAACCAACAAUUUUGGAAAAGCUUUGUGCAGCUUUAAAUGUUGACAAAAGAAGUGUUGAUCGGGACUUGGAUGUGUAUCGCAAUCUACUUUCUAAGUUGGUUCAAGCUAAAGAGCUGCUAAGGGAAUAUGUUGACAGGGAGAAGAAGAAAAGAGAAGAAAGGUCUGAACCACAAAAGGCAAAUGAGGCCAUCACAAAAUGUUUGGGACAACAGCAAAUUUCUGCCCU